AUGGGAUUUUUGAGUGGUGUGCUUGAGGCGGUGAAAAACACUCAGACAUACAAUGUCGGUAAAAAUACAUUACAAAACUUGGUAAGUAAUGAAAUUAACAAUCAUCUUUGCUCAGGGCACGAGGGCUUUAAAAGGCUUUUCGAAAAGUUGCCCAAGGAAAUCGAGAAGUAUAACAGGGACGUGAAAAAACAGAAUGAUGAUAUCACAGCCAAGAUAAACAAUUUAGAGAUGCAGUUAAAUACCAUGAAUGAUAAGGUAAGUAAAGUUUUAGAAAAUGAUGCUGUUUCAGGUACAACCAAGAAAUCCGUGCAGGCUGUGACGUACAGUGAGGAGCACGUGGAAUACGCUGUGAUAAAUAUUAGGCAGUAUCUUCGUGACUGUCAAUAUAAUGCCGAUAGAUUCAACGAAGCAUUCGACCUAGAACAAAGAUUAGACAUGCAAACUGCUGUUAAUGAUCUUAACUCUAAGUUACGUAAUGAUGUACUUGUAGCCACGAAGGCAGUCAAACAUGAAACACAGCGACUUGAGCAGUUGGCGCAGAAGGAGUGGGAUGACUAUAAAUACAUGAAGAGAACGGUGAGAGCAACGAUGGAGAGUCUGAAAUUAUCAGUUAACGGUGAGGUAAAAUACCAGGUAGAUGAACUAGUUAAGAAAUUGAAAGAGAAGGUUACGGAAAUGAAAAAUAACCUUGAACCAAUUAGAGACAAUCUCGGGGAAUACAUCGGACAUUUGACUGCGUGGAAGUCAGCAGGCGACACAGCCGUUACGAAGGCGAAGUCGCAGUGUGAUGAGAUUGUUUCGAAGUUGAACGGGAGGGAUUAUCAACAAAAUUCCGGGGAUAAAGGAGCGGUGAAAAAAGCGGCAAAAGCAUUGCAAGAGAAGGCGGAAGAGCUUAGGACCAAAGCGUACGAUGCUAAGCAGCAGGUUGAGCAGAAAGUACAAGAAGCCUUGAAAGCUGUGCACCAAAUGAAUGAUGACCUGAAGCAGGAUUUGUCGAAGGUGAGGGAGGCGAUUACCGGUGAGGUUGAUAAAGUUAAGCAAGCAAUUGGGAAGCUGUAUGCAGGUAUUACGACUGGAGAAUCAGGAGAAGGAAAUGAAAAUCAAGAAAUUAAAAACAUAGUCGAAUAUUUCAGAACAAAACUUAAAGAAAUUACGGGAAGUGUGGGUGGAAGAGAGAACCCUAAAACAGGUCUCAUGGGAAUUAUCUUCCAAGUAAGAGAAUAUGCAAAAACGUUUCAGAAUAGAUUUAAAGCAUCCAUUCAGAGCAUGGUUCAACAGUUGGUGGAAUGUGAGGGUAUACAGGAGAGACUCAUAAAAUCAGUUAAAGCAAAACUUGGCAGAGGUAACAUGAUAAGAGUUGAUGAAGAAGUGAAACGCAUAAUCCAGCAGCGGAUUAUAAGUCCAAUCGAAGCCAUUAAUGCUUCUUCAUCAAACCUGGGAACGAAACCAAAUGUUGAAGCAAAUUUGUCUGAUAUUAAAGAAUAUUUAUGCAAUUACGGCAAGCAGAUUGAUGAGCAUUUACAAAGAGCGAACGCAUUUUUACAAUCCUACGCCAAACAGUUUGAACACAGCCAAAAUAGACCGGAGAUUACAGGCGACUAUUUUAUUAGUAGGGUCGUCAAAACCAUUCUUACCGCGCUACAGAAAGCGGUUAAGGGUGCGGAGAAUGAAUUCGAUCAAUUCAUAAUAGACUCCAAGAUUGCUCAGUUGAGUAUAGCUACAAGUGCAGCCGAGACGCUGGAAGACAACGUAAAAAAAGCUCUUGGCAUUGGCUCCGGUAAUAAUACAGUUGCCGUCGACGUCGAUAAAUCUAUAAAUAAUGUCAACGCUGUGGCUAGGCAGCAGUUGCCGGGUAAUAGUGUUUCAUCGGUUGACUUAAGUCAGGCCACAUCUAGUUUUACGCGUUACACAAAGCACGUUGAUCAGAGUAAACUGACUGCUCUUCAGACCACUAACCUUAAUGCCAUUCUUGACGCAAACAAACUCCCACACGCCAUCAAAGGGAUUAACGAUCAGGUGGUUGCUGAGACGUUGAAAGAUGUCGUAGAAGAAAAGAACGGAGGUGAUACACAAAUCCACAACAAAACCUUCUCCACUCUGCGCACCGCCGUCGACUCCAGCCUGGACAAAUUCACCGAAGCCGUUGAAAAGCUUGUUAAAAAGGACAGCGUCAAUACUACAGUGAAUGCCUACCUGUUGGAUUUGGAGAAGAUGCUUAAGGAAAGUGAUCCUGUCAAGGUUUCGGCUGAUGGAAUGACUGCCCACUCCUCCGUCAAAGGCCUCGAGAAAAUAAUAGGAAAUUUCACCACUCUUAAGAACAACCUGGAGAGCGGUCCCAUUGCAUUGGCCGACUAUUUCAUCGAAUCCUACGCUGACGCAGAAAAAGAUCAAACCAUACGAAACCUCAUAGAUUAUGUCUACUCCCAAGUCAACAUCGCUAAAGAUCUCCUCACCACCGCCGCCCGCCGCAACUACGUCACCUCCGUCAAGCAGCUCCUCACCGCGUUCGCGGACAAGGUCAGCCAGGAGUUGGCGCCGUUGCCGGCGGAGAUUGAGAGGGAUCUGCGGAUCGGGUUCAAGGGGUUGAUGAAGACGUUGGAGGAUGGUAGUACGGAUAAAAACGUGAAUGGAAAGGCUAAUAUGAAUUUGCUUAAGGAUGUUUUACCUUCGCCACCGCAGUCAGCUGAGACUCCUGAACAGAAGAAACAAGCAUUCGAAAACUUGUCUAAAAAAUUCAAAGAGUUUGCUGAACCACUCUUUAUGUACCUUACUAAAGAAGCACAAAGAGUUCAUAGCGAGAAUAACGCUAAGAAAAACCCUCGGGGCACAGACUUGCAACAUUAUUCCCAAGCCAUCACCAAAAUUCAUGACGCUUUUAACAGCUUGCUGGAUGACCUCCACAAGAAGCACAGGUACGACCAUAAAGUUCAUAAUUUGCUAGACAAUCUUUCCGAUGCCGUUGGCGUCCUCGUCCCGAAAGGCUUCGCUAUGCCGAACAGUCCGGUGAUUGAUGGACUAACAUCAGGGGUUAACCGUUUUGUCAGUGAGCUGGAGAAGGUGUACAUCUCCGCGUAUGACGGUCAGAAAUGCGAAUUAAUACGAAACUUCAAAACUGUCGUUGAGUACAAUAAUGUGUACAACACAUAUGAUGUAACUGACGAAGGCAGGUACUGUGCAAAGGUAUGUCUGAGCAUAAUUCCAAUGGUAUCUGUUUCAUUAAAUGAUCUUAAGGAGCAACUUGAAAACGAAAAUGGUGCGAAAAAGGCCUGCAAAAUGUAUAAAUCAAAGGGCUCUCAUCAUAGUUUACGUAAGUUAUUCUUCGUCGACAAUGGUUACGACGUUGUUCUUCCCGUUGAUGCGGAACAUGGUGAACUGAAUCAUAGAGAAGAGUGUGACGGUGAGCGUAUUCUGGGUCAUCUGACCGGCGGUGAACAUAAAUUGCUUUAUAUUAGUGAUGAGUCACGUAAAGCAUCCCAGUUAAUGAACGACGAUUCCGAUGAUAUGGUAAUCCAGGUCGUCGAAGAAAAGUGCGUGUUAUUCGAUCUGUCUGCAUAUCUUACGAGAUAUAUCGAGAUAUGCCAUUUCACUCUCAUUGACAAACCAAGAACGCCGUGUAAUGUCUACGAAAUGCUGGUGUGGCUGACUGGGCUCCCGCAUAAUCGUAUCUAUGACAAGCUUGAAGAUGCCAUCAAAACGUAUUGCAUAAAGCCAAGCAACAAAAAGGAGAAGGAUUACUCCGAGAUAAAUCCCGAAGACUUACAACUAGAGACAACUUCACCAAUAACAGCGAAGAAUUUGUUCGACAUUGUUAUGCAGGUAUGUGAGUAUUCACAUGACCUGCUGACCACCAUUGUCGGCUUCGGCGACAAGUAUACCACAUAUGGCUGUGACCUUGCCAACAAUUUCCUCAGAUUCUCCUACCCGUCUACAGGUGAUGAUUGCUUGCAUACCGUACUUGAUAUUCUACGUAGAGUAUUGCCCACUUUACAAUUCUUGAGGUAUCAAUGCAAGCUAAAAGCUGAGCAUCACGGUUGGUACGACUGCAAGUACGGCAAGGACGUACGAACAUCCAAGUGGCCCUGUAACGAACACUCAAGCAGUAAAGCAACGUUCCAACCAAAUGGUCAAGCAAAGUGCGAACCAAAUUGCCAACCAACUUCCCCCCUAAUGAGCUACCUAAAUGACUGCUUGCCUGGUCAUUUGCCACAUGAACUAGAGUCAUUAGGAUGUAAAUCAGUAUGUAAAACAUGCCCAAAAAGCACGCCUGGGAUGCCUUGUUUAACCCCCCUUGGCUUCAAGGCAUUUUCAUGUAACACACGCCGUGGUAAGGAUAUAUGUCGCAUGAUCAAUAAAUUCCUCACUAUCGACAACCUAUCGACAGUAUUCUGUCUUGCGCCGAAACCGCCAUCCAGCCUACCAGAGCACUUUGGUUUCGCUUUGUCACUAGUGAACGAAUGGCACAAAUCUCGUAGAACUGGUGUUAGAAACGCCUUACAAGAUGCUAUUGAGAAUGAAAUAAUCACUACAUCCAUUGGCUUGUGUACGGAACCCAGCAGCUAUACCACAGCGUUAAGUAACGCGUAUGGCAGCCGUGAAAGCACCCAUACCCGGGCGAUUCAUCCAAUAUGGACGAAGGCCGACUUAUUGAGUCUGUCUAAAAAAGAAUCGUGUAUGUAUGCAAGUAGCGAUAAUAUUCAUUGUGCUCCUUAUCUAUCCACCCUAUGCCACGAUUUAUAUUACUACCUCGCCGCCAGACAUGCUAACGUAUAUCUAUCUUGGGCAUUGUAUUUGCCGUGGAAAUUACAAGUAUACCUAAAAAAUUUGCUGGUUGCAUUCGAGAACAUAUCAUGCCAAGAUUGGGGAUGUCGUAGAUGCGCUAACAGUAAGACUUGUGGUAAGGGUAAACACGGUCCGGAUCACAGUUGUCAGUGCAAAAGCCUCAUCGAAUGCCGUGGCGUAGGCAGCACUUUAUACAGCUUCGGAUUCAUGUUCGGCAAUCCCGAAAAGCUAUCAGCUAAAGACAGCAAACGAUAUUGCCACAAUUUCUACAAACAGUUACUCAACGUUGUAAGUUCAACAUACUUCACAGAACUUUUCAACGAGUGCGACAACUUUUUGUAUUGCAUCCGCGCCCCCUUCAUCUGGCUCAACGUCGCCCUCUGGCUCCUCUCUCUCCUCUACCUCCUCCACAUCAUGGUCAUCCGCCUCGACCUCCUCCACAUCAAAUCGCAUCUACAUAGUCCCUCGAGUCAUCGUAUAGCAGCUCAAUCACUACUCGCCGCUGCACGUGUUAGCAAGCUUAACAGGGUGUUUUACCUGCAACCAUAA